CACGACGAUUGUUUCUACCUACUCCCCGGUCCUGUCCUGUCGUGAGCACAGCGGUUGAUUGGUUAUGAGCGCAAAAUGCCAUGUGCUUCGUUUGGAAAGUAGAGGAUAAAAGUAUAAAAGGACUCGAGUGUAUAUCGCGUGUGUAUAUAUAAUUUUUAACCGAAUAUAGUAUGUAACUUUAAAAACGCUACUCACGUGUACGAGUGCCAAGAUGCAAUUGAUAUUGUCCGAAAACUCCGAUCUGAUGGAUACGAGCGUUAUCGAGCUCAACGAUUCACCUGUGAAGAGUGUGAAGAAGAAGGGCGGUGGAAAUGUGCCGGUGAAGAAGAAAGGAGGUAUGAUUGUGAAGAGGAAAGGCGACGGUGGUAUGAUCGUGAAGAGGAAAGGCGGCGGAAGUAUAAUUGAUCAACGCCCGCUCUUUUCUAGCGAUGGAGAAACUCUGCACAUAGUAUGGAAGAAUGUCAUAAGGGUGUACAGCACGCAGACGGGAGACUUUGUGCGGGAGUUCGAGCCCUUGGAUUAUAGAAUCACUGGGAUAAUAGCGCAUCCAGAUAACGCCAGCGUUAUUGUCGGCUGUACCGAAAACGGCGAACUGUACUUCUGGAAUUGCCAAAGCGGCAUUAUCACUAGGAAAUUGCAAUUAAAAUCUCUAGCACAGGACAUGGCAAAAAUUAAAACCUUUCACAUUGUAAAAUACAGGACGGCUCAAGGAAACGAAAUAUGCCAAGCACUAAUAACACAUUUCUCUGGUUGUGGAAAAAGGAUAUAUGUACUUUUAUUUGAUAUAGAAACUGGAAUAUGCAUAAAAUCAAUAUACAUCUUCACCAAAACCCAAGAGUAUUAUGUUGAUAUAAUUGGGAAUCAUGGAGAGAAUUUAAUAGCACUUUUACAUGACGUGGAUUUACACAUAUUUAAUCCAGCCAGAAAUUUAGUCGAUAAAAUACACAAGACUGGGAAAACUGGUAGACUACCUAGUUGCAUAGCGGGACAUCCGGAAGAAGAAUGUGUUGCCACAGGGGAUUCUACAGGUCGUGUAUUGGUGUGGAGAAAUUUAUUCCAGACUAGACCGUACACAGCUGUUUUCCACUGGCACACAUUACCGGUCACGGAAAUAGUGUUUAGCAAAUCAGGUGGCCAUAUGUAUACAGGCGGUGGUGAAUGCGUAUUAGUAAAAUGGACUCUAGCAAAUCCUCAAUAUAAAUCGUUCCUUCCACGAUUACCGGCGCCUGUCAAACAUCUCACUAUCGCGCCGGAUAAUUUAUACGUUGCUGUAUCGACGUUAGACAAUGGUAUUGUUAUUGUAAAUCCCCAAAGAAAAUUGACAUCAGUGAUACAAAACUUUACAUGGGGUGUUGCUUCGUCGUCCAAAGAUCUGUUUCCUGCGGGACUUGUUGUCGACCCGAGAACGAGUAGCCUCGUUCUAAAUAGUCGUACUGGACACGUACAGUUUUACAACAUUCAUACAAAAAAUCUGUUGUACAACAUUAAUAUAACUGCUCAAAAUUUUCUGUCCCAAGAACGCGACGUAAUUAUUGUAAAUACGGAAGUUACGAAAAUAGCUCUAAAUCAUAAUGGUACCUGGAUGGCAACAGUCGAAGAACGAAAUGAUAAGGUUUCGUCUAUAGAAGUUAGAUUAAAAUUCUGGCUCUACGAUCUGAAAAAGCAAAUAUUUGUAUUAAAUACAUCCAUCGAACUACCUCACGAGAAUGGAGUGAACGCGUUACAUUUUCAACCAGACACGAUCUUUGAUGAUGGUGAUUGGUUAGCAGUAACCACUGGGAAAGAUAAUAAAUUUAAAUUAUGGAAUUUGGGGAAAUCUUCCACCGUAGAAAACAAAGAGACAAGACAUUGGUAUUGUUAUGGUGUGGGAGACUAUCGCAAUCUAGCCGCUACAGACGCGGGUUUUUCAAUGGAUGGCUCGUUACUAGCUGUUGGCUUUAAUUCUACCUUAACUUUAUGGAUGCCUGAAACUUGCGAGUUAAAAUCCAGUCUUACGCAUUCUCAGUAUAACCAUCCAAUAACGCGAAUAGAAUUCGGCAAACACGAGGCCUGUCACCUCGUUGUAGUCGUGUCUCAGCAGCACAUAACAGUUUGGAAUAUUUUAACUCUCGCUAUAACAUGGAGCGUACCCUUGAACGUCGUGAGUCUCACGUGUGACUUAAAAUCUACAUACAUGGCAGCAUUUACAUCUGACAAUUCACUAUACGUAUUUACGCCACAGAGUGCAACGCUCGUUUAUAAGAAAACAUGCCUUAUCGAAAGUACCAGUUCUAUAUUGGCGGCUACUUUUGUGCCUCAUCUCCAGGAAAAACGUAAUUCUUCCUUUGGCCAAUGGCAACGAAAGUCGCAACUAUUCUUCUUGGAUUCGAAUCAGGAAUUGCUCACACUGGAGCCAGAAUCUGAAGCGAGUGUUUCUUUAGAGAUUAUUUCGGACAAAGGAACCAUGCCAUUGACCGCCUUCUCCAACUUUAUAGCGGCUCAAACGUCUUCGAGUAAAGAGCAGACUGUCGCACAAGUUCACGAACAUCUUGGCAUACCAGCGAAAGGAAUGGUACAAGAAUUACUUAGCGUGCCCGCUCACACUUUGCCGCCGAUGAGACUGCUGUGCACGUCAUUCAUUUUGUCGCUGGCGGGGCAACAACCCUUGAAAAGUUAUUCCAGAAAUGCCGAAGACUUUAGAGACGACGACGACAACGAUGCUCGGGACAAUGCUUCAGACGUGAGUGACGACGAGGCAUUACCGCCGACGAAACCCGCGGUCACGCCGACGAACGAGAAGGAGGAUAUGGACGAGGAUGCAAACGUCGAACUUACCAGCCACGAUUGGUCCUUCCUCUCCACUGUCCUUCCCGAUUAAGACCAUAUUCCUUGAUUAGCGUGAAAAUUGCCGUGCGAACUACGACGGUAAGAUCAUAAAAUUAUCAAUUUAACGAACACAUCCCUCGAAAUAUAUGAAAGAUGUACAGAGUAUGUUGAUGAAACAUCAAUAAAAGAUUUGGAUGUGCGUGUGAA